ACAUAAUUGAUUGCUACAUUAAUUGUUAAAUGAAAAAACUUUAGUGAUGACAAAUGAAAAUUAUUGCCUUAUCAUGCAAGGGAGUCUUGAUUUUUCUAACCAACAUACUCCUUAGACAUGGCCAGCUAAUUCAUUAAGGAUACCUUCUUUUCUUCUCUCUUUUUACCAACUAAUUAUACUUCCCCUUAUUACUUGCAAACCUUUGCGUAGGUUUCUCAACUAAAAUCAUACAUUUUUCCUCUUAUUUCUUACAAAAAAUGAAGAAGGGUGCAUAUGUACUCAUAUUCUUGGUUUGGGCUUUCAUCACCAUUGUCACCCCUACUCUUGUUCAAUGGUCCUUUGUUGCUGCUGACGAGGCUCAGGCUCAGGCUCAGGCUCAGGCUCAAGUUCAGAAUCAGGCUACCGCGCCAUCAAUAGAAGAUAAGCCUAGUGAUGAAGAAGGAACAACAGUAAGACAGUACAGAAGAAUGCUGGUGCUGAUUGACGGAAUCAAUAGACGAAACGUGCCACUGGCAGAGCCAGCAGUAUCACCUGAUUCAGAAGUCCAGCAAACUGCAGCAUCACAAACGCAACCAUUCGAACAAGGGGCAGAGAGAUGGACCGUGGACAUCAUGUCUGAGACCUUACCAUUCAUCUACUAAGGCGACGAUUAUGUAAACUAUGGACAUCAAGUACUGUUAGAUGAUGCAUGAUUAAAUUGUACAUAAUAUACUAAUUUUAUAUUCCAUUUAUUAUAAUUUUGAUCACGAUGUAGGUGUUGUUAAAUAGUGCUCUGCAAAUAAAACAGAUUCAAUACAAAAUCGUAAAAAAUGUUCU